CUUUCCCCUCUCAGUCUCUCACUGUUUGUGCGGCGUUGCCCUGGCUAUAAAAGCCACGCAGUCACGAGGGCGCUGUCCUGCAGAGGAGCUCAAGUGAAAGUCAGAGAGGAAGACAAACAAAACACUAGGCUGCCAUUGCCUCCCCCUGACUACUGCGUCUUCACUGUAAAACUGCAAUCAUGACCAGAAACCUGCUGAAGAAUCCCAAUGGUGAAGAGCAGCUGGAAUUCUGGGACCUGACGGAGAACGGAGGGAGUCAGUGGAAGGUGGAGGACAUGCCAGGAGACUGUGGCCAUGACUUCUGCAUCGACGGAGUGUCCAAAUACUUUGUAACCUCGUUUGAGCUGUGUCUGAAGAGGCAGGUGAUCAACCUAGUGGAGGAGGGCUACACCCCUGAACAGCUGGAUGCUCAGCCUGUCGUCGCAGUGGAAGACUGGUACUGCGGGAGGACAGAUUGCGGUUGCACCUACCAAAUGGCUGUGUGUCUGCUGGAUGAGAAUCAUGAGGUCAUACAGGAGUUCAAACCUGAACAAGUGACUCUGGAUCCUGACACUGAUGACUGCUCGUGGAAACAGGUCAGCCAUAAGUUUACUGAGUACGGCCCUGGAUUGCGCCAUAUCUCCUUCGAACACGGGGGACAAGACAGCAAGUUCUGGGACGGUUGGUUUGGAGUCCGUGUCACUGGGAGCUCUGUUGUUGUCGACGUGUAAAUGAAAGAAUUACAGGAGAAUGAAACCAUGGAGUUAGGAAUACUGAAGGAGUGAGGUGGAGUAAUAGCAAGGCUCCACAGAGUGGAGUGUCAGUUUCAAGGUUUCAAGAGGACCAGCUUUGCCUUAUGCACUUAGCUUACACCUCUGUAUAUCAUACACAGUGCUGUUCAUGCUGUAGAAACAAGCUGCUGCUGUAAAGCCUACAGGUGCAAAGACACACCAUCAUGGUGGCCUGGCAGAUUUACUAAUCCCAUUAAAAUUACUGCUUGCGACCCAGUCAUUAAUGAUGAUCUAAUAACUACGACCUCUGCACACUGACUUACCCUGGAAUUAAACGUCAUGUUUUUGGUGGAGAGGGAUGUUGUAAGCAGUCGACUGGUUUGUCUUUCAAAUUGGAAAUGAUAGGAUGAAAUAAAUUCAUAAUUACACCA